AUGCUCCUCCCCCGGAUCUCCCCGGCACCGGCCCAUCCGAGCCGUGUGUUCUUCAGAUCCUACGCCGCCCGACGAUUCCCUCGGGACGCCCACAUGGCCCAGGACUGGCCCCGUGUCGAGAACAACACCUACACCCGCUCAAACAUGCUCAUCUUCCUCGGAGAGCAAAGCGUCAACGGCGACCAUCCCGAAAACUUCUACUGCUACGCCCCCAAAAACAACGUCCCAAAGUAUCUCCCCCAAGGCUCCGGUCGCCGCAACCAGGCCCUCUUCCGCAGACUCAACCGCCUCGCCAGCGACAGACUCAACGGCAAUGCCUUCUUCGCCCCUCGCGACCCCGACAGCGUCAAUCCCCUGCUCCACAACGACCCCUUCGACGCCGUCCCGAAAGCGGUCCACGACGAGGACCUGCUCAAGCCCUUCCCGCUCAAUCCCUACGUCACCACCGGCUUCAUGCUCUCCGAUAUGCUCAAGAGCGCCAUCAUCAAAUCCCACGAACGCGGCGAGUCCAAUAUCGUCAUCAGCCAGCGCUACGGCAUCAAGCUCGCUCGUGUUGAGGCCACAAUCAAGCUAGCUGAGCUUGAACGGGAUAUGGAGAACGAGGGCAAAAUUACCCCCGACAUGGUUCGCUUCGACAACCGCAUGAAGCUCAUGUUCCCCCUCACCAGCGGCCACAUGUCGCAGGCCGACUUCCAAGACCCCGACGAAGCAAUCACGUUCGAACUCCGAGUAGCUUCGAAACGGGAUUCUCCCAGCGAUACCGAACCCUCGUUCGACCGGUCUGGGAAUGACAACAUCUACGAGUACGUCGUCCCUCCCAAGGCCGACAAGCAGAUCUACCAGUUCCUGCCCGAAGACGAGGUUAUUACUACCGACGACGCGGCCAAGAUCUUGGGCGUCGAGUCCGCUGAGUUUUACGUCGAUGAGAUGGAGAACUUGUCGACACAGCGUGUCUCCUUCGCUGGCGUGCCUGAGGAAGAUCUCCCGAGCGCGGUCUGCGAUUGGAAAUUAGCCACAUCCAACGGCGUCCAUGAGGUUGAGGUCAAUACCAGCAAGGACCGGUUGUGGGUGUUUUCUUCCGCCAAGGUCGGUAAGGUUGGUUAUGGAUAUGGUGCUCGGGAUGAUGCGCGUAAAAAGUAUCGCAAGCACAAGGAUACCAGACUGAAUUAUGCUUAG